AGAUGGAUUUAACCAAACUAACGUUUGAAAGCGUUUUCGGUGGAUCAGAUGUUCCUAUGAAGCCUUCCCGAUCGGAGGAUAACAAAACGCCAAGAAACAGAACAGAUUUGGAGAUGUUUCUGAAGAAAACUCCCCUCAUGGUACUAGAAGAGGCUGCUAAGGCUGUCUAUCAAAAGACGCCAACUUGGGGCACUGUCGAACUUCCUGAAGGCUUCGAGAUGACGUUGAUUCUGAAUGAAAUUACUGUAAAAGGCCAGGCAACAAGCAAGAAAGCUGCGAGACAAAAGGCUGCUGUUGAAUAUUUACGCAAGGUUGUGGAGAAAGGAAAGCACGAAAUCUUUUUCAUUCCUGGAACAACCAAAGAAGAAGCUCUUUCGAAUAUUGAUCAAAUAUCGGAUAAGGCUGAGGAAUUGAAACGAUCAACUUCAGAUGCUGUUCAGGAUAACGAUAACGAUGAUUCGAUUCCUACAAGUGCUGAAUUUCCACCUGGUAUUUCGCCAACCGAGAAUUGGGUCGGAAAGUUGCAGGAAAAAUCUCAAAAAAGCAAGCUGCAAGCCCCAAUCUAUGAAGAUUCCAAGAAUGAGAGAACCGAGCGUUUCUUGGUUAUAUGCACGAUGUGCAAUCAAAAAACCAGAGGAAUCAGAAGUAAGAAGAAGGACGCAAAGAAUCUUGCAGCAUGGUUGAUGUGGAAAGCGUUGGAAGACGGUAUCGAAUCUCUGGAAUCAUAUGAUAUGGUUGAUGUGAUUGAAAAUUUGGAAGAAGCUGAACAUUUACUCGAAAUUCAGGAUCAAGCAUCCAAGAUUAAAGACAAGCAUUCCGCACUGAUUGAUAUACUCUCGGACAAGAAAAGAUUUUCAGACUACAGCAUGGAUUUCAACGUAUUAUCAGUGAGCACAAUGGGAAUACAUCAGGUGCUAUUGGAAAUCUCGUUCCGGCGUCUAGUUUCUCCAGACCCCGACGAUUUGGAAAUGGGAGCAGAACACACCCAGACUGAAGAAAUUAUGAAGGCUACUGCCGAGAAGGAAAAGCUACGGAAGAAGAAUAUGCCAGAUUCCGGGCCGCUAGUGUUUGCUGGACAUGGUUCAUCGGCGGAAGAGGCUAAACAGUGUGCUUGUAAAUCGGCGAUUAUCCAUUUCAACACCUAUGAUUUCACGGAUUGAAAAUAUUAUUGCGUAUUCCUGAAAAAUGAAGCGUCUGAAUGAUU